GUGCGCGCCUCGUGGAAUUUGUCACCUGGGCCAAAAAGUGGAUGAGGCCAGCUAACCUCGUGCAUUGUGCGAGCUGGCACCCAUUCGCGUUAUCAGCCCUCUCAUCAAAUGCUCAGUCGUACAAGUUCUCGACAUCAGUCCCAGCCAUCAAUAUAUCAUGGGACAAUGCGCCUCAAACGUCACUUGGGAGGAACCCCAUCAACAUGGUGGCCCCUUCAAACUCUUUUCAAUGUUUUACGACCUCCACGACCUACCUCCCUGGGAACCUUCAGUACUCGAACAAAAGAUCACUAAUCAUCCCAGAUUCCACAAAGUUGGCCCCGUCAAAGUCCUCGUCGUGCGCAAGCCCUCGGGAGUGCACGAAGUCGAGUUUCGGAAAGACAGACCAUGGCAAGAGUCGGAUGUGGCGGCGUUGGACAAGUCGUUAGACGACCUGCCUGGCAAAUGUACGUCCUCCCUCUGCCUUAAAAUCCUGCCCCUUGAUUGGACACUCUUCGGCAGACCACUGGUGGGGUCUCGUCAUGAUCCGGCCUCAUCUAAAGCGCACACAAACGAGGAACGAGAAACCACCCGAGGUCAAGAAGAAGACGGAAGGUGUUUGGCAAACCUAUACUUAUAAUGGACCUCUUACGCCAGAGCUGGAGCAGGCGUUCAAGAAGGAGGCCUCUCGCGCGUUAUCCAGAUCCUCGGGGACACCUCUAGGGUUCUCAGUGUCCACCUCGGUGACUACUGUCAAUGGCGUGACUCGGGGUUCUACAGAGUUCCAAGUGGGCAAGGGCACUGCAUGGACGAGCGAGGAGAGGCGGAAUUUGGAUGAAAAGUUUGGACGGCUGGCGCCUGAUGGGCGCAUGAUUGGACCAGAUGGGAGACCUCUUUACCCUCCUAACGGCCCUCAAAUUAAGGAACUUGAAGAUACCCCCCACCAGCCCAGAACCAUCCUCCCUCCCCCAAGCGCCGCCCACACCCAUACAGCGCACAACGCACACCAGCCCCAAGCCGCUGUCCCACCCCACGCCCACGCCCCAAAUGCACACACUGUCGGAAGCAGCGCAGGAGGGACGGUCCAUCAACAGGAUUUCGCUUAUGCCUAUCCGUCGCCGGUCAGUCCGAAGGGGGCGGGGUAUCAGGAUGCUCGGACGGGACCUCAGUCUGUAGUCUCCACGACAUCUGGGAAGAAGAGCAGUCGGCACAAGACUAGCGAUGGCCAGCAGCCAGGCUCAGUCGCAUCGGGUCAUGGGCAUCAGGAAAGACGUGGUCUUGCGGCGGCAGAUGCGGCUGGCAGAGGGCACGUUCAGCCAUCAUCGCAUGGCCAAGGACAUGCCUCUACUCAAGGCUCUUCCCGGGUUUCUCAAACCGACCCCCAUCAUCACAGUCCUGCCCCUCACAGCACUGCGCCAGCACUUGCCCCCAUUAAUACCAAUCCUGUCCACCCCUUACACCCUAACCAUCACCACUCGAACCAAGACCACGCGCACUUUACACCCACGACUUUGGACAAGAAGCAUGGGCAUCUCGGUGGGAUUUCUUCGUAUCCCGCUCAGCCUACUGUCGUUGGAGUAGGGGUCGGGGGCACCGAAAAGCCACUACCCCCACCCCCCGAGGCGCAUACGCGUAGUCGGUCGGAAGGUGGGGGUGGAAGCCUCAGAGGAUGGUCCUCGAGCUUCAGGGCGAAGCGAGAGGGCAGGACGAAGCGGGAGGGUGCUGUAUGAUGCUGUUUGUGGUCAUCUGUCUUGCUGCCGUUUGGCUCUUCUUCUUCUCCUCGACGUUUGCGGCUCGUUCAUCAUGCCUCAUUCUUCACCACAUUGCUUGUUCGAACAGUCAGUGCUGAUGCUUGUACUCGAACUGGCGACGAAGCUUGCUGCUUUUUGUCUCGACUUGUGCUAUUGGCUAUGCAUAUAUAACGAACG